AUGGUCAGAGUUUGGAGCCCAGCCGGGGCUGGCUGUGGGCAAGAUAUUUUCUGUUGUGAAUUACUGGUUGGUAACUUCCUCUGUUUUUAUUUUCCUUUCUGUCUCACAGGUUCUCAGGCAGGAAGGCAGAAGCAGAAACAAAUAUCCCUGGACAUUGUGGUAUGUUAAUUCCUUGGGGAAUUCAUUUCCCACAUAUUUAUUUAUUUAUAUUUCUAUACCGCUUUAUAUUUUUAAUAAAAAUCUCAAAGCGGUUUACAGCAUAAUAAAUCAAUAAAUCAAUAAAACACUAGCUGGGCGACAUUCCUCCGGCCUCAGGAGGAGCCUCUUCAGUAGGGCUGGCUGGUGGGUCUGGGCCUCGCCCCCCCAGGCCAGGUGGAAAGGGCCUUGCAGGGAGCGGCCUUCACCCUCCCACCUGCCCCCUAUGUCCUUCCGCUGGCUGGCCGCCCCCUGAUGUGGCUGGGGGGAGAGAAAAUAUGGAGGGUGAUCUGCCCCAGAAGAAAAUCUUUGGGGAGGGACCACGGGGCCCCUGUCCCCUAGAGUGGAUGCCUAUGGCAGGAGAGUAAAAUGUCCUUCUUCCUUCGCAGGGCCGUGGUUUGGGUGCGCCAGCCAAGCAGCAGCCCAGCGGUGCCACGUCUCAAACCAACAUCUGCAGGUAUGCUGUGCCCUUCUGUGGCAGGGGUGGGGCAGUCUGAGGAUGGCAUGGCCGGUGCCCUCACACUGGGCUAUUGCCUCAUAAGAAAAGGUUUUUAAUAGAGGGUGAAUUGAAUGGGUGGAGGGUUGGAGGAGAGGCAGAAAGAAGAGCUCAUUUGUCCGUGGCUAGGGGGCGUGAUCUGGACGGUUCUCCAGAGGCGCAAGAUCACCCAGCUAUGGCUCUUCCUACAGGGCGCCCUUGACAUUUGAGAGCCCAAAGUUGGCCCUUGGUUGGGCACAGUUCCAGAUUAAAACCUGUGGAGACCCCUAGGCAGUCAAAAUAUCCCUGGGCUCCUUGCAAAUCAUAUCCUGAUACGUUUUUGAUUUUAGCAACCAACAAUAAUUAAUAGGCAAAACAAACAGUACUUAUUCUGAUCCGUUGUUGCCUGGCCCAUAGGCCUACUCUGUCCAUUGAAUAAUCUGGCUCUGGUGGAGAUCAAUCCCAGAUUUCUCCCUGUCUCCCCCAAUCAUACUAACUGAGCUUGUUUCUUCCUUAGGCGAGAGGCUGGCCAGAGCAAAGGGGGAAAGGCUCCCAGCUCAGGUAAGUGGAAAUGCCAACUGAGUGCCCCAUAUUUUAGGAAUGCUUCCUUUCCGUGUCCCCUACCCUCAUGCCCCAGACUAGGGCUAGCAUGGCAGGGAGCCAGGCACCUGCUCAUGUUUCUUUUUUCUUUGCAGUGUGGGAGCCUUUCCCCAACACAUAUUUUGUUCUGGCCAAAUCCCUGGAGAGACGUGGCGAACGUCAGGUACGAGGGCAGAGGGAAUGAAGGGAUCUUUGUGGAACAUGUUUUGGGAGUCCUAGAAACACUCUCCCCACCUGUGGCUUCCAUUCUCAUGUGAUGUCCUUCUUCCUCCACAGGGCCACGCCUCCAGGGAUGAGGCUCCAGCGCCGGCUCCCGGAAUGAAGAACCGAGCAACAUCCCGGCGGUUCCCGGCUGUCGUCCCUCGCGGCGCGUCCCCACUGCCCCUCCUCCGUACGGGCAUGGCUCCAUCCCGGCCCGGUUUGGCACAGAAGCAGCAGCCAAAGUUUCCUCCCAUUAAAACAGCUUCUCAGGUGAGGGAGGAGACUUUGGCUGUUGCUUCUGUGCUAGGCCGGUCGGACGCCCGUACGGUGGAGAAGUGGGGAGCCCUGAUAAGAUCAGGUAAGUGGAAAUGCCCCUUCCCAGGUCCCCCACCCUCCUGCCCCAGACGGGGGCUAGCGUGGCUGGGAGACAGGCGCCUUCUGAUGUCUCUGUUUCCUUUGCAGCGAGGGAGAAGUUCAGCCGUGGAACCGCCGCAUUCCUCCGGGAGGGACUGGAGCCCAGACGAUGGCCUCUCGCCCCUGAGGUAA